AUGAGGUGUUGCGCUUCCUGUUCGACUCUGGUCUCCUUCACAUUCACCUUUGUCUUGCUCGGCUUGCCUGUAGCAGCUCGACCUCACAGCAUCUGGGACAUCGAUAUCCUAACCGGCCCCGCUCCUCCCCCUGACGAAGGCCCUCCCCUCUCCGCCGGUGCUCUGAGAGACAAAUCUCAACUCAAGUACGAGGUGGUCGGCAUUGUUGCGGCCUACGUCGCUUGGCUCCUACUCACUUUCCUCCUCCUUGUUUUCGUGGGCCAGAAACUUCGUCGCAAGACGCAGACAUCGGACCGAAGCUUGAGUAUGGAAAUCAUCAAACCUGCUCCACUUGGCAACCAGGCCAAGAUGAGCACCGAACCGCCCUUGAAGAGUCCAGGCAAGAUGGCCAGCCUUAGGUCAUGGGCCACCGGGGGAAAAUCCCACACCCGGAACCCGUCCAACAUGAGCGCCUCGACUGUCGAUGAGAGAAUCCUGGAGGCAGACAAGGCUCGCAACAUGGAUGAGAUGGCCAAGCUGUAUGCUGCAGUCAUGGCACAUGAUGAGGAGAAAUCCGAGAAAGCCAGGAGCAGUGGCCAGCUCUCCCCUAGGUCACCGCAGUUCCGCUCUCAGGACAAUGCACCUCCCACGCCCCGGUCGCCCAAUUAUCCUCCUACACCGAGGUCUCCUUACUAUCCAGCUCAUUAUGGUCUUGCCUCACCACGAUCCCCCAAGUAUCCUCUGGAAUUUCAGGACUUGCAAAAACCAUCAUCACAGGCUCAAAUCUACGCUGUUCAGCCCUUAGCAAGUCCACUCUUCCACCCUUUGGCACCCACACCAGCUGAGGAGUUCGCGUCGCCCAGCACGGAUUCUCGGAGCAGCAGUCGGAAGACUAGAAUUUCUGGCCUCUCCAUUCUUCCCGGCCGAUCAGACUCGGCUGAUAAGGGCAAAAGGCGACCAUCUGCCAUCUCGGUCCGUGGGCAACCUAUUUCGCAGCCACUAGGCUCGGCCACGCUCACGGACGCCUCAGUAUACUCUGUGGCAGGCACCGUAUCGCCCCGUAUCUACAAUCCAGGGCCUCCUCCACCUACGCCUGGCCAACAACCAGCCUGGGAUUCGACGCAGGACAUAGGGAAGAAUCCUCCAGCGGCAGCGUCGGUACGCAGCGCAGCAGCUUCCCACAGCUCCAAUAGUCUGCCCUUCCGGCAGUUUUACAACGAGACUCUGAAGAGUGCACCGGCGACCAAAACCACAUUUGUGGAUCGCCGUGAGAGUGUGUUAGGCGUGCAUCCAAAGACGGGCGUUCCCCAGACCCCGUACAGCCCUUACAUGCCGUUUACCCCCAUGACACCUAUCACGCCACGAACACUGGUCACGAAGAAGGAGAUGAAGAAGAACCGGAAAAAGGAUGGGUUGAAGGUGCUGAGCGAGGACGACAUGGUCAUGAGCGAUGAAGAUAUGUGGGGUGAACUUAAGUGA